CGUGGGCGCGGAUAUCAAAUCUUAACCAGGUAGAGUGAAUUAUACAGGUCGAAGGGAGUAGAAAUCGAAGAAGUUGAAUAACUUGAAUCGGAGAUAAAUCAAAGAUGUCGUGGCUGUGGUUGGAAGCAGCGCUGCCGCUGGGAAUCAUCGCCGGAAUGCUCUGUGUGAUGGGAAACGCUCAGUACUACAUACACAAGGCAUAUCAUGGCCGCCCGAAGCACAUCGGUAACGAUUUGUGGGAUGUGGCCAUGGAAAGAAGGGACAAGAAGCUUAUGGAAAAGGCAUCGGGUGCUUCCGAUUAGGUGCACCUGACGAACUCCUUUGAUGAGAGGUGCUCACUGCUCAUUUCUGUAGCUUGUUAAAGCCACCCUCCAACCCAUCUCCUCUCAUUGUAGCGUGCUAUGCAGGAAGGCUUUCUCAGGAACUCCCAGAGGAAUAAAGUGCUCUUCUGAUGGUCCAGCUAUGCUCGUGAAGUCUGAGAGCAACCUUAAUUUGAUUACCUUUUACCUUCGCAUUCCGUAGCCUGCAUAGAACUCUUAUAACUUCCAGGUGACAAUCUUAUUCGGUUGACUUUUGGAUUUCAAAGUUUGUUAAAAACCAUCAAGCUACAUUUUUGUGCAUGGAAGUACGAAUGCUGUUCAUAAAAUACGAUGGCCCUUAUAUAUAUAUGUUUUUUGUUGUGAGA